AAAUAUCAAGCUAGCCGCCUUGUAGCCGCCAGCUUCACUUUCAGCUUUUCUUUGUUAGCUUCGCUGCUCCCAAAAUCCCGAGCUUGAGGACAUUACUUUCCUUGUAAAGUACUUUGUAUAUUAUUGAUGCAGGUAUGAUUCACACUGGAUCCACAUUUCACCAGUCGUACGGCCUCGGAUUGACGGAUACCCAGCGGGCCACUCGAAAGCAAUUGUGUAUCUACUGUAUGAUAGAUCUAAUUCAGCUGUUCCUUCACCUGUAUUGGUUUCGAUCUGACCAAUGCAUCGACUCUAUCAGGAUUCUCUAGCGAUAUGUCCGGCCCCCCCAAAUCACCCCCGAUGAGCGUUGCAACGCUCAACUCUAAACGGGCCAGGCAAACCGUAGCUCGAUGCCGAUCACUUCAAUGCUUGCAUUCAAAGGCUGAUGGCACCAGGCUGUUUGCCUGUUCAGGAUGUAAAAUUGCUCUAUAUUGUUCGAAGGAGUGUCAGAGGGAAGACUGGCCUAGCCACAGGAGGAUGUGUGGGGAAAUUCAAAGGACGGCGAGCGACCCUCGUUAUCGUCAAGACCCACCGCAAUCACUCUCGUCGCCGAUCCAACAAUCUGCGCCUCCCAUCAUUAACGAAUUAAAUGACUUUAGGAAGCGGAUUUUUCCAACACUCACACUUGUGACUCUAAACGCAUUCUCCGAGAACUCGCCUAUUCCUCUCGUUCCUUAUGGAUGGGAAGACAACAUAUUCCUACUUGAACUCGAUCGAAUACCCAACCCCUCGCAAUCAUCUCCUCCCUGGACUCACUUUCGCUUUAGAAACGCAGGUAUCCGUCCGAUCGCGGAAGUCUGCCCUGAAGGCGUCGAUCCGGAAAACGAUCAUAUGCGCGAAAGUCGUCUAGAACGGUUCGACCCAGAGGGUGGCGAGGGUCAAUUCGGGUAUAUCACCAUCAGUGUAUCCUGCAAGCGUGGGGAACGUGCUCUUACCCUUAACUCCAACAUGCGGUUUAUGAGAAACGUGACGAUCGAUACGCUGGUGGAAGUAGUAGAUGAUUGGAAAGCGGUGCUUAUCAAACAGAUAGAGAGUAUAACUGGUAAUGGUCGGCGGCGAUGAGCUUGGUUCGUUGAUUCUUUCCUCCUCGCUGGCGUUUCGGUUCUGACUUCUUAACCUCAGGUAGAAACUGCUUUUUUCUUACUGGAAACUCAGUGUACAAUGUAUAUUUAUUGGAAACAAUUUUGGAGUCUUUCAGAGCUUUUUUUUGGCGUGAUAUGAUCCGGAUACGGAGUUAUUUAGCGGUUCUCUUGCAAGUUGCAAGUUGGACAUGCGAAAUUCUGGGUUUUACAGGCUCCUUGACUCUUUGUUUGCAUUAUAGAUGCGUUUUCUAUGGCAGACAAAUAUUUCCUGCCGAUCGCAACCCAAAGUGUUACUU